CACACGGUAAGACUUCUUGUUUUCGCUCAGGCUCAAGAGUCAUAAAUAUAAUAUAUAUUUAAUUUACUGUCACCCUUCCAAGUUAUCAGGCCACCGAUAAUUUUUUGUUCUCCCUUCUUGAAGAAUAAAUCUCUCUUUAUCUAUCGGCUCGCCCCACUCUCUCCCGCCGCUUAGAAAUAAAACUUGGCUGUGCUUCGGAGCUUGGAGCGGGAAGGCGCCCACCGGGAGCGUCCGAAGUGCAGGCCGGGCGCCGUUCGCCGGAGCCGGGCUCAUGGGCCGCUAGCGGUCCCCUAGCUUGGGCCCAGCCUCUUUGCGGACCCCUCCCUAUGUGAGCCGCGGCGGGGCGAGCGGGGCGCCGGAGGAAGAGGAGGACCCACGGGCGCCGGGCCGGAAGGCAGCUGGCAGCAGGCCCGGGCGAGCGGGCGUCUGCGUUCAUGUUCCGCCAGGAGCAGCCGCUGGCCGAGGGCAGCUUUGCGCCCAUGGGCUCCCUGCAGCUGGACGCGGGCAACGCGAGCUGGAACGGGACCGAGGUGCCGGGGGGCGGCGCCCGGGCCACCCCUUACUCCCUGCAGGUGACGCUGACACUGGUGUGCUUGGCCAGCCUGCUCAUGCUGUUCACUGUGUUCGGCAACGUGCUGGUCAUCAUUGCAGUGUUCACGAGCCGUGCGCUCAAGGCACCCCAAAACCUCUUCCUGGUGUCUUUGGCUUCGGCCGACAUCCUGGUGGCCACGCUGGUCAUCCCAUUCUCUCUGGCCAACGAGGUCAUGGGCUACUGGUACUUUGGCAAGGCGUGGUGCGAGAUCUACCUGGCGCUUGACGUGCUCUUCUGCACGUCGUCCAUCGUGCACCUGUGCGCUAUCAGCCUGGACCGGUACUGGUCCAUCACUCAGGCCAUCGAGUACAACCUGAAGCGCACGCCGCGCCGCAUCAAGGCCAUCAUCGUCACCGUGUGGGUCAUCUCGGCCGUCAUCUCCUUCCCGCCGCUCAUCUCCCUCGAGAAGAAGGGUAGCGGCGGCGGCCAGCAGCCGGCAGAGCCGCUCUGCGAGAUCAACAACCAGAAGUGGUACGUCAUCUCGUCUUGCAUCGGCUCCUUCUUUGCGCCCUGCCUCAUCAUGAUCCUGGUCUACGUGCGCAUCUACCAGAUCGCCAAGAGGCGCACCCGGGUGCCGCCCAGCCGCCGGGGUCCGGACGCCGCCGCCGCGCCGCCCAGGGGCGCCGAGCGCAGGCCCAAUGGCCUGAGCCCGGGGCGCGGCGCGGGCCCCGAGGGCGCGGAGGCCGAGCCGCUGCCCACCCAGCUCAACGGCGCCCCCGGGGAACCCGCGCCGGCUGGGGCGCGCGAGGCCGACGCGCUGGACUUGGAGGAGAGUUCGUCGUCUGAGCAUGCCGAGCGGCCCCCGGGGCCCCGCAGACCGGAGCGCAGACCCAAGGGCAAGGCCCGGGCGAGCCAGGUGAAGCCCGGGGACAGCCUGCCUCGGCGCGGGCCCGGGGCGGCCGGGCCGGGGGAGGAGCGCGGCGGGGCUACCAAGGCGUCGCGCUGGCGCGGGCGGCAGAACCGCGAGAAGCGCUUCACGUUCGUGCUGGCCGUGGUCAUCGGCGUGUUUGUGGUGUGCUGGUUCCCCUUUUUCUUCACGUACACGCUCACCGCGGUCGGCUGCUCUGUGCCGCGCACGCUCUUCCAGUUCUUCUUCUGGUUCGGCUACUGCAACAGCUCGCUGAACCCGGUGAUCUACACGAUCUUCAACCAUGACUUCCGCCGCGCUUUCAAGAGGAUCCUCUGCCGGGGUGACAGGAAGCGGAUCGUGUGAACGCUGCCGGACGCCCUGCGUGGAGAACUCCCGCCCGCCACGGACACCCCGCCGCCAGGAGGGGCGCGUCGACCCCUGCACUCGAAAACCCAAACUCUGCCCACUCGGAGUUUCCUGACUUGGGGGUUGCUCUGCGGCUU